CUCCAUCUUAUUCUCUCUUCUCUUGUCUUUUCGGCAAAUGCGUCGUCUGCUUGUCGCGCGUGCUGCCGUUUCGACUGCAUUGACCUCGUCAUCAUCACCAUCGUCCUUCCGACUGACGAAUGCCGGUGCCUCGCUGAUGACUGCGGCUGGCCUCUCGUCGUUCGCCGCCGCUGCUGCUGCUGCUGGUCGUCGUCCUGUCUCGGCGUUCAGCAACACUGUCCACAUGGCAGCGACUGCAUCCGCCACUUCCGCUCGCGCCACCACUCGCGCCACUCCCGUCACUGCUGCUAGUGCUGCUAGUGCUGCUAGUGCUGUCAACGCCACUGCUCGCGUCUCUGCCGCUGCUGCACCGGUGCGAAUGUACUCGCUCUGGGCCUCGUCCACUGGCGCCCGUUUCAACCGCUCGUCCUCGUCCUCGUCCUCAUCACAGGGCUGGACCUAUGGACGAGUGGCAACCGCUUCAUGAGCACGGCUGCGUUUGGCUCUGGCCGUGUGCUCACGGGCGCGCGGGUGGUCGCCCUCGCCGGCGGCACGCUGCUCACCGCGCUGGGCUCGUGGAUGAUGGGCGGCGUGGAGGGCCACCACGACCUGUUCCAGGCACUCUAUCCGGAAGACGCCCGUCUCCGUCAGGCUGAAAUCACCAAGAACGUCUACGCCGAUGACUGGGUCCCGAUCGCCUACUUGAAGCGCUCGGCCGAUCGCUUCCGUGCCUUCUUUGAAACCUUCAAUGAAUCCCAGGAGGAAAAGCUCCUGCCCGAUCCGCUCCCCGUUCCAUACAACCGUCCCUACACGCUGGUUCUCGACUUGGAUGACACGCUUGUUCACUCGUCGUGGAAUCGUGUUAGUGGCUGGAAGACUGUGAAACGCCCCGGCAUCGAUUUGCUGUUCGCUCACCUCGCGCCUUGGUACGAGAUUAUCGUGUUCAGCUCUGCCUACCCUCCGUACGCCAACCCCAUUCUCGACAAGCUGGAUCCCCAAGGGUAUAUCUUGUAUCGCUUGUACAAGGACUCUACUCGCUACUCUGGCGGCAAGCACAUUAAGGACUUGUCCAAGCUCAACCGCGACCUUGCGCGUGUCAUUUUGAUCGAUGACGAAGCGGAGGCCUUUUCGAUGCAGCCGCACAAUGGCAUCAAAAUCAAGCCAUUCCAGGGCGAGGCGAACGACCGCGCUCUGUUCGAGCUUUUGCCCUUCCUCGAGCUGAUUGCCACCAACAACGUUGCAGACGUCCGAACAGUCAUCAAGGCGUAUGAAGGCAAAGACCUGAUUGCCACCUUCCGGGAAAACCAAAAGCGAAUUAUUGACGAGAAUCGUCGCCGACAGCAGGCCGCGCAAGAGCGAGCGGGUCGGCUACCUGGCCUCGGUUAUCUCGGUCGUUCUGCUGAAUCUGCCAAGCCAGCAGCCGAAGCACCCCAACAAUCUACUACUGCACCAGCAGUCGAGCCUGCCAGCGAGGCUGCCCCUCAGCCAUGGUUUUGGCAGCGCUGGUUUGGAAGCGCACCCUCGUCUGCUUAACUUGCUUUGAGUUGUUGAUGCUGAGCAUUGUUUUUGUGCUUCGAAUUGACCGCUAUUGUCUCUAAAUAUCGAAAACGCUUGAUUCUAUCAA